CCCGACUUUCCAUACAACGCGAUGAGGAUCAUUAUUGUUGGCGGAGGUAUUGCAGGGAUGUCUACCUACCUCCAUCUACGCAAGCAUCUUCCGUCUCACUCUGAGCACGAUAUCACCAUCUACGAGUCACAUCGUCCUCGCUCGAUAGUGUCAAGCUCUCGUUCACAGGCCCAUCCUAAUCAGUCUGUCAACCUUAAUGCCUUGUCCGAGUCGACAGCAAUUGUUGGGGGCGGGCUCGGCAUCUCACCGAAUGGCAUGAGAGUCUUGCGCGACUUGAGCCUCGGUUUGCACGACCGAGUUGUUGCCCAAGGAUUUCCAGCAGAGCAUUUCAUCUUCAAGGGUGCGAACGGCUGGAGCUUGGGCAUGCAAAGCACGAGCGACAAAGCAGUAAGAGCAAAGGACGAUGCCGAGGAAGUAUGCAUUGCGAGUUCACGGCACGGUCUUUGGACCACGCUCAGGCAAUAUAUAGUGGAAGAGUAUGGUGAAGAGGCGAUCAAGCACAAGAAAGUUUUGAAGCUCGUUCGGAGACUCGACCUACCUACGCUGCGCCUGCAAGUAUACAUGCUCGAUGAGCAAGGGCGAAAGCAGGUGGACAAUGCAGAUUUGGUCAUUGGUGCGGACGGUGUCAAGAGCGUAGUGCGGAACGCCCUCUUCGGCGAUGAUGAGAAGUUUCAACCUAUUUACAGUGGACAGUCGGGCGUAGGAGGGUUCCACAACACCACGAUUCCUCCCAUCAUUGCUGACAACAGAGCCAUGGUGUUUGAAUUCGGCGGCAGUGGCUUUUUCGGCUACUCUUCUGGCGGUCCGAUAUCUGAGAAACAACUCAUGUGGUGGUCAACAUUCGAAACCUCCACGCUGCACAACAUCAAGGCCGUCGAUCCUCGAGACAUCAGACAUGCCCUGAGUGAACGCCACAAGCACUGGAAAGACCCGAUCAUCGAAGACAUCGUCAGCAAUGCGGAUGUUGAAUCCAUAUACCCUACCUGGAUCAUGCCGGAACUUCCACACUGGGGCAAGCGAGGUGUUGUGCUGAUUGGCGACGCAGCCCAUGCUCUGGAUCCAACGACAGGUCAAGGUGCCAGUCAAGCUCUCGAAGACUCUCAGGUAUUCUCAUUACUGCUUGCCGAACUGCUUGAUAGAGAGUGUUACGGUCAAGCACCAGAUCGUUUCACCAUUGACAAAGCGAUCAAGGUGUUCUAUGAGAUUCGUCACCCGAGAGUCAAAACGAUCAGCGAUCGUGGAAAAAAGCUGGCGGGACGGAAGGCUAAUGUGGGUAUCGUCAAGGAGUAUUUCAUGUACUGCUUUAUCUGGCUGUUGAUCAAGUUCCCUUCUAUCGGUAAGGCACUACUUAGUGACGUCAAUCGGGAGCUAUAUUGCUGGUCGUCAAAAGAGAGUAUUCGUGAGGCUUUGCGGAAUGACCGUAUUGAUGAUGGCAUCAACGAACAGUCAAGGCUAAUUGGGUGAGAUUAGAGGUAACCACGCUGCGCAUGAUGAUCCUGUUCAACAUACAUUAUCAUUCCACAUGGACCGAUCCACUAAGAUUAGGCCCUGCAGGACUCACUCUUGUCUUUAACUGCUUUGCUCUAUUGCCACGUAGUGACAUCUUGCGUUACGAAACCAAGAGACUAGGGUGUAAUUAGUGAUAGACUGAUAGUCUAUCGAGGACCCAAAUCCAGUGGUACAGAUCAUUUGGAUGUGAAGCUCAG